AUGGCGCCCCAUGGAUUCUACAACAAUCCUUUUGUGCUUUUUCUAUGUAUGCUUUGUCUACUUACCAUCACAGCUUGUGCAGAUUCGAGAUGGGAUGGUAUGAGUGACAAGUUCUCACAGAAAGAACCAGCAGAAUGGUUAAACCAUGGAGGAGAUUUGUAUAACAGAAGAUAUGCCAGCACCGAAACCAAAAUCAGCCCUGAAACUGCUUCCAAACUUCGUUUGAAGUGGGAAUUCUAUGCAGGGCAAGACAUAACUGCUACACCAGCAAUCUUCAAUGGUACCCUUUACUUCCCAAGCUGGAAUGGGUACCUCUACGCGGUUAAAGCAUCAGAUGGAUCACUUGUAUGGAAGCAGAACCUGCAGAAGCUAACUGGUCUUAAUGCAACUGGAUUCGUUAAUAAUGUCAACUGGACAGUGUCUAGAGCAACUCCAACAAUAGCCGGUGACAUGCUUAUUAUUGGAAUCUAUGGACCUGCUGUUGUCAUUGCGCUGAAGCAAGCCACAGGAAGGCUUGUGUGGUCCACUCAGCUUGAUAGCAAUCCUGCAGGUGUUGUUACCAUGUCUGGAACCUUUCACAUGGGGAGCUUCUAUGUUGGAACAUCUUCACUAGAAGAAGGCCUCAGCAUUGAACAAUGCUGCAUUUUCCGUGGUAGCCUCUCUAAAUUAGACAUCAAAACCGGUGCUCUAUUGUGGCAGACCUUCACUUUGCCGGAUAAUCAUGGCGAGAGAGGGGAGUAUGCUGGAGCAGCUAUCUGGGGAAGUAGCCCUUCCAUAGAUGUCCGAAGAAAUCUUCCUGAUAACCACUCCAAUUCCAUCUUGGCUUUUGAUUUAGACUCCGACAAGAUCAAGUGGUACAGGCAACUAGGAGGCUACGAUGUGUGGUUCUUAGCAUGUAACAAUCUAUCCACCCCUAAUUGCCCACCUGGUCCUAACCCAGAUGCUGACUUUGGGGAGGCACCAAUGAUGCUGAGCAUAUAUGUCAAUGGAACCAUGCGAGAUAUUGUCACUGCGGUUCAGAAAAGUGGGUUUGCGUGGGCACUAGACCGCAACAAUGGCAGCCUCGUCUGGGCCACUGAAGCCGGACCUGGUGGCCUUUCUGGAGGAGGCACCUGGGGGGCAGCUACUGACGGCAUUAGGGUAUACACCAACAUUGUCAAUAGCGACAGUAAGAACUUCACCCUCAAACCAUCUGAGAAAAACACAACUGCUGGUGGAUGGGUGGCAAUAGAGGCCGGUACUGGCAAAAUCCUAUGGUCCACGGCUAAUCCUAGCAAUGCUACCUCCAAUGGUCCAGUGACCAUUGCUAAUGGUGUCCUCUUUGCUGGAUCGACACAUGCAACAGGACUUGUAUACGCCAUGGACGCAGCCUCUGGAAAAAUCCUUUGGUCACACAACACUGGAGCCACUGUGUUUGGAGGCGCCUCAGUGAGUAGCGGAUGCAUUUAUGUUGGGAGUGGAUAUCACGUGAACAUUGGAUCAUUUUUUCCAUUCACAAGUGGAACCUCACUCUUUGCCUUCUGUGUGGCUUAAACCCAGGCAUCUUUCAGGUGUGGAACUACCAUAUAUCCAUGAAUAAACACCUUAUAUCAUAUAUUUCUAGUGAAAAUAAAGGGAAGUGUAUCAUGUUAUAUUUGAACUUCUUCAGUAUUGGAUUUGAGUGUUGAAGUGAUUGCAUCAACCUAUAGACUUCUUCAAGGCAGUGUUCAGCACUACUUAUCUGCUAAUUUGACUUCGAAUAAACAUAACUAUAUAUAUAUAAUUUGUUGAACAAAAGAAAGAAGCAACAAAAUAAUAAUAAUUUAGAUAAGAUAACAAUGCAUAUAGGAGGACGUUGAAACAUGUUGUUCGCAAGGGGAGAGAUAAGAGUUUGGAGAGGAGGAAGGAAA